CAUCGACGCGGUUCAUUCAAAAAAAAAAGUUUCUACUGCAAUUUCGAGUUUGAUUUAUUUAAAAAUAAGAUAGCUAGCUAGCUGCAACAAAAGGAUGAAUCGUCAUUCACACAUACCCCAGCCAAACUUUCAGACGAAGAAGAAAGUACGACCAAAUAUGACGGAAAAACAACCAACUCUCAGUUAUUCUAAGCUGAAAGUUGAGGUUUCUUCGCUCCAAGAAGAGAAUAGAGAUCUAAAACAGAAGGUGGCAAAACACCAAGCUGCUACCUCUUCAUCAAAGACAGCUGUUUUAGACCUACAGAAGGAGAACAAAGAGCUGAAACUGAGACUGGAGGAAGACGAUAAGCAACAUAAAGAGUCUGUGAGCCAUUGUCAAGAGGAGACUCAAGGUCUUGAAUCAAAACUGAGAAACUUUGAAGAAGCUCUCGAGAAAUCAGGCAUCAAUCCAGUGACCCUUGUGGCCUUGGAGCAUGAUCAAGAGCAGCGGAGACAGGUGCAUAGUGAUGCUGUGGCUAGAGUACAAGUUCUUAGAGAAAAACUUGAAGAAAACACAUAUGUUUGGCACUCUAACUCACAAGAAAUGAAGAAAAUAUCAGACAAAUGUCGGGCUAUGAUGGAGAAUGCAAGGAGUGUGGAUCUGUAGGAAACAUUCACUGAUCAUCAUCUUUAAGCAUACUGUUCAUACUCAGUCUUGCAGGAUUUGGCAUAUGCCAUCAGUUUAGAAUUGAUGGAGGCUCAGCUGACAGCCGUUAGGGUGUUUACUCAAAUACAAUUUUACAAAGAAUUGAGCCUGAUUGCAUUUAGAUAAGACGACAUCUGUAGUCUAAUAAUAUUUUCAGAUCUGGCGGGUACUGUGGACCAUUGUUAAGAUUUUGAGAUGUCAGACCGAAAAAAAAAA